CUAUCUUGCUGAUGGCUAUGAUGUUUGUUUUAAAAGAGGUGCAAUGUCAAAACUGUUCACCCUUUUUCUGCGACAUAGUGAAAAUUAAAUGCCAAGGAGUUGAAUGUGGACCUGAUCAAGUUUAUUAUAGAAGAGGAGGUGGACCGUGUGGAUGCUGCUCCAUCUGUGUUACACCACUGCCAACUCAAGUAUGUAAUCCUCACUUCUGUGAUAACAUAAGGCCGUACUGUAUGGCAGUCACUUGCGGGCCCGGUGAAGUUGCUUUAAUUAAACCUGAACUAUGUCGAUGCUGCCCAGCUUGUUAUCCUGAUGAAAAGACGGUGUAUUAGGGUUAAGAAUAAAAUACGACGUGCACUCUGCAGGAUAUUUCAACUUCAAUUACAAGUAAUGUAAACUAUAGAUAUCAAUGUAUGUAUUCUACAGUGCAAUGAUAAACAAUGUUUAUUAUAAUGUAAUAAUAAAAAUAUAAUUUUGAUCUUUA